CCAUUUGACAAUUAAGAUAAACAAAUAGUAAUUGUUUUAGAAUUAUUGAAAAAAAAAUCAACACACAAACAGAAAUCACAAAAUCCAAAAUGAUUUCUAAAGCGAUUCUCUUAUUUACAUCUACUUUGAUUAUUUCUCCAGCUCUGUCCAGGGUUUUUCCUGUCAACCUUGACAAUUGCCCACCACCUCCUCCAUGUGCGGCCCCACCACUUGACUGCCACUAUGUGCCUGAUGCCAACGGUUGUCCAGGCUGUAAUAUGGUUUGUGCCAGGGCUGCUUGUCCCCCUGUCUGUGCCAUCUUCUGCCAAUACGGAAAUGUCCUAGACUCCAACGGAUGUCCAACCUGCACCUGUAACUCCGCUCCGGAGAAAGCCGUCACUCAGGAUCCCCCGUUCCUGGAAUGUCACAUGUGGAUGAAGUGCGCCCAGGGCGUGUGUCCGUACACCUGCGCAUGUCAACCUAACUGCUGAGCUGGCAUCACGUGACCAAAGAACACAGACACACACAGACUUCAUUAGACGUUCUCUCCGUAAUUUCGUUUUUUCUCAAAGGACUUUCGUCCCGAGAGAGAGCUGGUCAAAUAGUGAAGAUCAUAAAAGUGUGUUUGCAUAUCAUACAUAGUGUGAAAUAUGGUUCCUGAUUAAAGCAAAAUCAAAUAAAUGCUAUUCUAAAAUAA